AUGACUGACUGGUCAAGAAAGCUAGAUGAUGUGUUGUGGGCAUAUUGCACAACAUUUAAGACCCCCAUUGGCACUUCACUGUACAUGUUGGUUUUUGGCAAAGCAUGUCACUUGUUAGUGGAACUUGAACACAAAACCAUGUGGGCAUUGAAGAAGCUGAAUCUUGACUGGGCCAAGGAUGCUAAUAUGAGGAUGACACAACUCAAUGAGAUGGAAGAAUUCUGUCUCCAUGCCUAUGAGAGUGUAGCCAUGUACAAAGAGAAGAUGAAGUUUGUCCAUGAUAAGAAGAUCUUGAAGCAGAAGUUCAAUUCUGGUGACUUGGUCUUACUCUUCAAUUCAAGUCUCAAGUUAUUUCUGGGUAAACUUAAGUCCAAAUGGUUUGGCCCGUUCAAAGUUCUGAGUGUGUCCCCGUAUGGUGCUAUUGAACUGGAGUCGGAGGAUGGGACUCGAACUUUCAAGGUAAAUGGACAACGAGUCAAGCAUUACCUCGGUACCACAGGAGAAAGGCAUUUGAUAGAACAAUUUGCUAUAAG